AUGUCAGAGAAUGCAGGUGAAAUAUUACGAUUUGAUAAGGCAUGCAAUAUUCUGUGCAAAAUGAUUAGUAGAACGGAUUUGAAUGAAGAAGUUGUUAUGGAACACCUUAAUCAACUAGAAAUGAAGAUAGCACAAUUAACAAGAGAAAUGAAAGCAAAAGAAACAGAAAUGAAUGUAGCAGCUUAUGAAAAUAAGAAGAUCAAAGAAAAAGAAGCAGAAUUAACCGAAAGGAUGAAUAGCCUAGCAAAUAGAUUUCGGAAUAUUGCACCUGCUAAAUAUCAGAUAGGGCGGAUAUUUGCUGAUUUUGAAAGUAUUCAAAAGAGAAUUAUACAAAACGAGGCAAUGGUUGAGGUAUUGGAGAAGAACAUGAUCUAUAGCGGAGAAACAAAGGCGUGUAUACUGUGUACUGGAAAGGAAAUUACUGAUCAAUAUUUUAAGAAGUUGCACGAAAUUGUAUUACGUGAUGAAGAGAUAAAUAAUCACAAACAAGAAACAGAAAGGCUUAGAAGAAGCAUAGACAUUAACUUGACAAUGGAACGGGCCAAGUUAAUGAACGAAUUAUCAGUUGAAUACAAUAAGCAUAAAGAGAACCUGGCAAAUAUCAAACCAAACCUGAAUCUAAAAACCCUACAAGAUCAACAUGACAUGAUUACUAGAAAAUAUGAGGAGAUGAAUCAUUCAUAUGCAGAAUUCAAACAGAAUCAUAUAAUAUAUAAGGAGUUCAUCAAUAUCAAUCGCAAUAAUAUUGAUAAAGAAUUAGAAAAUAUCAAAACCGUGAUGAAUUCCAGAAAGGCUCAACUAAACAAUUUGAAGGCUGAAUUGAAAAUACGCUACAAACAAAGGGAAAUUAAGCAGAAACAGACUGAAAUACAUUCAAAACAGUUAGAAGUCCAGAAAGCUAAGAGAAUUAUUGACCAACACGAUUUCAACCAACUCACCAAAUGUGAAAUGCACCUAAUUGCUUACGAAAAUGAAUUGGAUGAAAUUUCAGACGGAUUUAGCAGAUUCAAAGCAAUAAGUGAAGUGAAAUUGCAGGAAAUUGAUCAGAUUAGCAGAAUUCUCGAAGACAUUUCCAUCAAUGCUACUCUACACAAAAAUAACCCAUUUAAUUGGAAACACUAUGAAGAAGUAAAAUGCGCCUAUGAAAAGGCAUCAUCCAAUCACGAAAGAGAACUCACAACCAAAAUGCAAAUCACUGGUGAUUUAAACAACUUGUAUAAAUCUAAGACAGAAAUUGAGCAACUGAUAAAAUUCAAAAAUGCAUUAGCAAUUAUUGAAAAACAUAGGCACAUCACUGAAAGAUACGAUAAAGUAACACACAACAGCCUUAAAGAGAAAUUGAUCACUCUCACACAGUCACAGAAUCAAUUGAUCAACUAUCAAAGCAGAAUCGAGGGAGAAAUCAAACAACUCGAUUUGGUCAAAACAGCUAGAGAAAUUGAACUGAAGGAAUACGCGAAUGUCACUGAGGAAUUCAACAAAUUGGCACUUGAAAUCAAAAUAUUUGAAUUUCAGGUUGAAGAUGUUCAGAAGGCAGUUGUUGCACUAGAAAAGACCAUCAUUGAAUAUCAUGCAGCCAAAAUAGAAGAGGUUAAUACGGCACUAUGUGAUCUAUGGACCAAUACGUACUCCAACAAAGAUAUCAGUAGAAUUGAACUCAAAUCUGAUUUGACUGCCACCAGUUACAGUUACAGGAUGGUGAUGUACAAUCAGAGCGAGAUACCAUUGGAUAUGCGAGGUAGAUGUAGUGCAGGUCAAAAGAUGAUUGCAUCCAUUCUAUUCAGAAUGGCAUUAGCUGAAUGCUUUAGUGAUGCGAACUUGAUUACCCUUGAUGAACCAACCACCAACUUAGAUGCAACCAACAUGGAGAAAUUGGCUGAGACACUCAACAAUUUGCUAUUGACAAAGAGUGAUAUGCAACUUGUUGUGAUCACCCACGAUGAAGAGUUUGUUGGGAUGAUAAACAGAGUUGGAUCAAAGAGCAUCUAUAAAAUAGAAAAGGAUAGUAGAGGAAUGAGCAACAUCAAAAUUGAUACAAUUUCAUAUUGA